GUACUCUCUACUGAAUACCUCUAGAUUUCUAGGCACUUGCAUCUGUAUUAGUUGCCUGUGAAGCUCCGUCGAGGGCAACAAUCACAGCCUUGCAACUCAUCGAUCCGCUCCCUCUUACAUGACCUUCUUAAGAUCGUUUCUAGCGUCCUUCACUUAGGGCAUCCCUAAUGAAGACCCUGGUUUCGUUUCCAUCGAUAACUGUCUCGGAGUUUGAAGAAGCUUGCCAAGCCAUCAAUACUAGAUUCGAUCUUUGUGGUCAUCUACAGAACGACUGGAGUCGUGUAGAUUUGGUCAAGCAAGACGUGGUCCAUCUGCGCAUCACAAGAAUCCUCCAUCAGACCACCAAGCGGGCGCAUUCAAAUAUUGAUGAAGCAGAGGAUGAAGUACACGAAGAAGAUGAGGAGGCACUUCAAUCACGCAGUCCUAGUGAAAGCGGAAUACGUAUAGAAUAUCAGGUAUUCUUGUCCCCAAUAUAUCGGGUGCCGGUACUUUAUCUCAACCUCGAGGACCGAAGAGGCGUGGUACCGCCAACCAUUGAGUCACUAUACGAGCAAGUCAUUCCCGAGCAUUUCAAGGCCCAAGUGAGGGAUCUGGGGGUCAUAGGUGGCAUCACGAUGGCCGACCACCCAAUUACUAACAGGCCGGUGUUCUUUGUCCACCCGUGCAACACAGCAGACGCGCUCAGAGCAAGCUUGGAGGAGACUAAGAUUACAGCAGACCAAUACAUCUUGCUUUGGAUAGGCAUAGUUGGAGGAUGCGUAGGGCUACAAGUGCCAACUGCUAUUGCAAUUGCACGAACCAAUGGUACGCACGGGAAGAGUAACGCUUCAUGAGAGCAUUCCGGCCUCAUCAAACAACACGCUCUGUCCUUCCAAGCGGAGAUUUUACCAUACAAUCCAACGUCACGAACAGUCUACACUAUCUUCAAUAACUUUGUCUAGAGGAUCUGAAGGACAGCCAGGGAAGAAGGCAGGAGCAUGCCGAAGUGCAUCUGACUGGUAUUAGAAUUGGACAAAUAGUUAAUCUAUGCUUUUGAAUGCAAGAUACCUUUAUGAAGCUC